ACCACCAACUGUCAUACUCACGCACUGACAUUUCAGACCCUAACGCCUUCUACAUUGAAAGAAUUUAUUUGUUGUAAUACACGAAAAAUCGCUGUACAUUCCUAUUGCACAUAUUGUGUUGAAAUUUACAAAGACGAAAAAAAAAUUAUGUCAUCUAAUGCGUUGACAGCCGAACAACCAGUCGAAAGUAUAAAGAAAUUCAAAUUUUAUACUAAAGGUGAUAGCGAAGAGAUAGAAAUUUCUAUACCCGAGCUUUUGCAACCCGGUUAUUCAUUUUACAGUUGGCCAGCUUCUUCGGUGCUUGCUUGGUUUUUAUGGAUACAGCGUGAUAAAUUUGUAGGCAAGCGAAUAUUAGAAAUUGGUUGUGGAACCGCACUACCUGGCAUCUUGUUGGCAAAACUCGGAAAUUGUGCAAAAGUCAUCAUAAGUGAUAGUUGUACAUUACCAAACGCAUUGAAACACGUACAUCGAUGUUGUGCGGCGAAUAAUUUGGAACCUGGAAAAGAUAUUGACGUGAUCGGCUUAACGUGGGGCAUUCUUCUGAAAUCGGUUUUUGAUAUAGCACCACUCGACUAUAUCAUCGCAUCUGAUUGUUUCUAUGAUCCAAGUGUCUUCGAAGAUAUUUUAGUUACCGUUUCAUUUUUAUUGAGCACAGCCACCGAUACGACACCAGUAAAAUUUCUCUUCACCUACCAAGAUCGCUCAUCUGACUGGUCAAUUGAACAUUUGCUGCAAAAGUGGGAUUUAAAGUGUUCGAAAGUUAGCUUGUCGUGUGUACGAAAAUAUUGUCCGCUUGAAAUUGACGACUUAAUGUGUGGUCAUACGAUUCACUUAUUAGAAAUUACCAAGUUGCCAUAGAUAAUAGAAUUUUCUGGAAGAAAUUAUUUUUUUAAGCAUUUAAAUAGAAAAAGUAAGCAAAAUGAAUACCAGAUUAAUUUUGCUACCAAGACUGAACUAUAUUCGAAUGUUUAG